CCGCUAUACACCAGUUGUCGCAAAAGUUACGCUCAAACAUGCGGUCACUGUUGGAGAGUCAACGAAACAAACACGAAGACAACAGCGACACCACGUUUCUCAUCGACGAACUAUUGCCGCAAUUGUCGGCAAACACCGACCAAUUCAGACGCUCGGCCACCGAGAGUGGCGUUAGUGUCAGCAGAGAUCUGUCGACAAUACUCAAGAAUCUGAAAAAAUUAGAGCAAAGUUUUGAUGUACUGAAUCAAGUAUUGGAUCCAAGCCUUUCGACCACACAAUCGACGGCCACUCGAAGACAUCCGAACGCAUUCUUUGUGGUCGAUGCUUGUGUGUUGACCGUAAGCGACACUUGCGAUGUCGACCACUCAAAGGACACGAGUGGACCGCUGCUGACCAGUCGGCUCACCGGUAAGGGCUUUGAUGUGAUCGAGACAUCUAUUGUGGCCGACGAUGUGCUCAGGAUUCAGGGUAAACUGUGCGAGUGGUCCGAUAGAGCUCUCGGUGUGGAUUUAAUUGUAACAACCGGUGGCACCGGCUUUACAGCACGCGAUGUCACUCCAGAGGCAACCAAAGCCAUUGUGGACAGGGAUGCGCCCGGUAUUGCUCACGCCUUGACUAGCGGUUCGUUGAAAGUGACACCAAUGGCUAUGUUAUCGAGUAAUAUUUAUUGCGACCAUAGGUUAAGUGCGGGCAUAAGAAAGCGGACACUAAUAAUCAAUUUUCCCGGAAGUGCUAAAGCGUGCGACGAGUGUCUCGCUAUUGUGGAGCCGGUGUUGGCCCACGCCAUACACCAGUUGAGGGGCGACACCACAGCCACCGCUUCCGCUCAUAAACAACUACAGCAACCGCUUAGAAGCAAGGUUCAACUGCAAAGCGUUGGUCUGCGGCCCCGACACUCGCAGUACCCCAUGAUCUCGAUGGACACCGCUAUCAAUAAGAUUAUUGACGAGUGUGUGGCCUUCACUGACGUUGAAUACAUCGAUUUGGAUUGUUUGGAUCAGUUGAUGGGACGAUUGCUGGCCGACAGUAUUUGUGCCGCUGUGCCUUUGCCGCCAUUCCGGGCCUCUAUUAAAGAUGGCUAUGCAGUGGUGGCGGCGGACGGUUCCGGUGAUCGCAAAGUAUUGGCAAAAGCGGCCACAGCUGGCGGUCAGGUGCCGAUGGAGAGCAUUGAACUGACCAGUGGUUGCUGUAUGCGAGUCAGUACGGGUGCGCCACUGCCCGCCGGUUGUGAUGCCGUGGUUCAGGUCGAGGACACCAAAGUUGUCCAAUUGUCCGAAGUAUGGCAACAAGUUUUUAUUUAAGAGUAAAUUUAUUAGAUUUUGUUAUCUUCGCCACAGAGUGGAGAAGAAUUAGUGAUUUGUAUUGAGAAUGUGCCCAAAGUUGGUCAGGAUAUACGUCCCGUCGGUUGCGAUAUCCCAUUCGAUGGCAAACCAAUUGUGAGCCGAUUCACUCAAUUGGGACCAAUAGAGUUGGGUCUCUUGGCCUCUAUCGGUGUUCAUAAGCGGAUCCCAGUGUUUAGACGACCAGUGGUGGCCGUACUGUCCACAGGCGAUGAGAUCGGAAACGUAGGCCAAACUCUGGGCCCGUAUCAGGUGUGGGACUCUAAUCGGCCGAUUUUGAUGUCACUUUUGCGCCAAAACGGCGUCCAAUCCAUGGAUUUGGGAAUAGCUGUGGACGACGUGAACGACGUGUUCGGCCGUAUGAGACGCGGACUACUGACCGCCGAUGUGCUCAUCACAUCGGGUGGCGUAUCGAUGGGCGAACGGGAUCUGCUUAAGCACGUGAUGGAAGUGGACUUUGGCGCACAAAUACACUUCGGACGCGUAAAUGUAAAGCCCGGAAAACCGGUCACUUUUGCCACCGUUUCUAUCGAUGGUCGCAAAAAAUACAUUUUCGGUUUACCAGGCAAUCCUGUCAGCGCUUUUGUCACAUUCAACCUCUUUGUCAAACCAUUGCUCGACUGUCUGUCCAACAAAGACACUGUUAAUGAGUUGGUGGACAUCAAGACAUACCAGCGCUGCCAACGCGUGAAACUUGAAUGCGAUGAAAAGGUGUACCGUUUGGACGAUAGGCCAGAGUUCGCCCGCGCGGUCGUCUCGUUUGGUACGCCAGGAUUGGAGGCCGGAUUCCCGACGGCCCGACUCACUGGCAAUCAACGGAGUAGUCGCCUCUUGAGUGCCAAAGACGCCAAUGCUUUGGUAUUACUGCCACAAAAGUCCGAUUCAGUCGAUAAGAUUAGUUGCGGUGAUUUUGUGACCGCUUUUCUCAUCUGA